UUACCAGCGUUGCUUGGCGACCACGUUGCCAACUGAGUCUGCUACUAAGCCAGCACAGAGCUUCCCUACUGAGACAUUGUGGCAAGACUUGGCUCUGAGUUUCCUUCCAUAUUCAAACAUUUAGGAGCUGGCUUACUAUAAACCUUGGUUCUGGGUUUGGGAGAGGCCGUCUUGGCAUAGUCUCUUAUUUUGGGUUGGGGAUGCAGGAGAAGCUUAGCGGGAAAGAAGGGGCCUGUGAAGCACACAACAUUUACCAUGGAGAUAUUCUUCCCCAAAAAGGAAAGGACGCCCCUGGGAUUCUGUGAUGGCCUGGAUAAGAUCUUCAUGGGCUUUGGGAACCAGGAUGAGAGAGGCUGUCAGCCGCCCAAAUACCACACCAGCUAUGCCCCUUAUUAUCCUAUCCACAAGGCUGCGAGCAUGGGCGACAUAGACACCGUGAAGAGCUUCGUCAAACGGGGAGUUUUUGUCCUGGAACAAAUAGAUUGGAAGUACAGAACUGCCCUGCAUUUUGCCUGUGUCUAUGGCCACCCAGAGGUGGUGGCUUUCCUGGUGGAGAACAGCUGUGAGAUUAGUCCAAAGGACAUUAAAGAUGCCACACCUCUAAUUAAGGCUGCACAAUGCAGACAGACAGAAUGUCUUGUCAUUCUGCUGAAGUAUGGUGCUGAUCCAGAUAUUAUCGACUGUCGUGGCAACACCGCUCUGCACUACGCUGUCUACAACGGGGAUGUCAAAACAGCCGCAAAGCUACUUGAAUACAGGGCCAGCAUUGAAGCAGUAAACGAGAACAAGAUCACACCACUUUUGCUUGCUCUGAAACAAAACAAGGAGAAGAUGGCAGAAUUCUUAAUCAACAAGGGAGCCAACACAAAAACAUGUGACUUUCUGGGAAGAAGCACCCUUAUGUAUGCUGUAAGGUGUGGGUCAGAACUUAUCAUCAAGCUUCUUCUUCAAAGAGGUAUCGAUACCUUUAAGCAAGAUGCCUUUGGAUGGACAGCUAAACGUUAUGCUGUUGAAAGUAAAAGCAAAGUUAGAACACUACUUAUCGACUAUGAUGAAGACGAACUGAGACAAACAUAUUUAGAUAUCAUGAAGAAAGACACUUGCUCAACGCCCUUUCGGCCUACCUCAGAAGUGAAAGAUUCUCUUCAAAGUGAAGAAGUGGAAAAGACAGAGGCAAAACCAUCAAAGUCAGGGAACGCUGAGAAGGAUACACGCUCAAUGGUAACAACUGUUAUGAUUUUUAUCUUAAAUUACUAAGUAGAUAUUAUGUGAAAUAUAUAACUUUAACAA